GUUAAUUCUAGCGCAUUCCACGACAGCGACGGAUGUUUGAUGGGUUGGUGUGGUUUGUUGAGCGUGCCGCGUGAGCCGGUACUCGGCCGCCAUGGAAAAGUUCUCUUAUCUCAAUAUUAAGGGAGUGUUGCGAGGACAUAGCGACAUCCCCUUGGACGUGCAAUGGCUGCACGCAAGCUGUUGACGCAGGAUUACACGACGCUUUCGCGCCAUUUCUGUCUAGCUGGUGCGCACACUGCGGACACAACCCGGCGCAUCAUACCUGCCUGGGUGACAAAACCUUCUGACACAAGAGCCAGGCGCAAUUUUAUCGAGCAACUGGCCAGGAGCUCACACCUUGCAGGGUCUCCAGCAGCAGCAGCAGCAGCAGCAGCAGCAGCAGCAGCAGCAGCAGCAGCAGCAGCAGCAGCAGCAGCAGCAGCAGCAGCAGCAGCAACACCGGCCGUGGUGUUGUUUACAAUGCCGUAACUGAGCAUACGAUCUUUCUUUGUGUUUUUUAUUCAUUUUCUUUUUCUGUGUGUGUGUU